AUGACGAACCUCUCCAAAGCCCUGCAGGGCCUAAAGCGAUUCACCACCUGCGACAUUGGCGACGCGCUGGUCAACCUCAAGCAGCCGUACGGCGGCUUCCUGGAUGGCCUGAAGAUGUACUCCCCCGGCGGCGGGAGCAUCGCUGGCCCGGCCAUCACCGUGAAGAUGGUUGAGACGAAGAGCCCCGGCCCAACGCCCCCGGUCCAUUUCGCCGACGCGAACAAAGAGGGCCAUAUUAUGUACAUCCAGCAGCCGAAGGGGAUGUACUCGGCAUGCUGGGGUGGUCUCAUGUCAACUCGCGCGCAGAAGCUGGGGAGUCUGGGGACGAUGGUUGAUGGGCGCAUGCGAGACACGCAGGAGCAUAUUGAUAUGGGAUACCCGGUCUUUGCACGAGAUACCUCGGUUCUUGGAUCGAACACCUUCACUCGCGCAUCGGAGAUCAAUGUGCCAGUGCAGUUCAAAGGGGAUCUCUGGGUCUAUCCGAAUGAUAUCCUGGUCGGCGAUGAGAACGGGGUGGUGGUUGUCCCGCCGUCCCUGCUCGAGCAGGUUGUGGAGCUGUGCAAGGAGCGUUUGGAGAUUGAUGAGAAGAUAAUGGAGGCCCUGCGGGCUGGUGAACCCAUGGGCCCGACUAUCAAGCGCCUGCGUAAGUAA